AUGAAAUAAGAUUUGAUCAAUCUUUGUAUUAAAUGUUGUUCGGAUCCUAUGAAAAACACCAGAAAAUUUGGUUGUUUCGCAAUUGGAAACACAGAAUUUUAUAGUAAUAGAUUAUAUAUCAUUCAAAGUUCAAUUAGUUGAGUUACUAAAAGAUUAAGAAGCAUUAAAAAUGAUAAAAUAUCAAUAUGAGAAGACAAGAUCUAAUGCAGCAGGGGCUCUCGGAAAUUUAGUUAGAAAUUUGAAUUUCAUAAUAAAAGGCUGUAUAAGACAUGGAGCAUUAAAUUAGUUAUUAAAAUUGGUGAAAUUUGACCAAACAACUAGAAUCUCCUUAUUUUCUUUAGGAAAUCUAUGUUAAUAUUCUGAAUGUAGGAUAAAUUCUAUGAAUUAUAAAUCAGAACUAUGA